AUGGUUGCUUCGGUCUCCGGCGCUAGUCGCGCAAUCUUCGCUCUCUGCUCUCUCAUUGCCGCCCAGGGCGGGUUUGCUGCUGCUGGCGGUACCCAGGUCGAAAUCGGUUCGUGCCUCGAAAAGGCUGGCAUUGAGACCUCGUUGCCCACCACUUCUACCUGGGCCGUGGACACCGAGGCUUGGAACUCGCGUGUAAGCCCCGUGCCUUCUGUUGUCGCCUUCCCCAAGUCGGAGGAGGAGGUCUCGGCUGCCCUGACAUGCGCUGCUGAUGCUGGUCUUAAGGUGACUACUCUUGGUGGGAACCGUUCGUUCUCGAGCAUGGGUUUCGGCCGCGACGACGGUGCUCUCGUUAUGAGCUUAAAGUACUUGAAGCACCUCAAGUAUGACGAGAAAACCAAGCUACUGUCGUACGGCGGUCCCGUCAUGAUCUCGGAAGCUGCGAACUACAUGUGGAGCAACUUCAGCCGCACUCUUCCUCAUGGUCGUUGCCCCGACGUUGGCAUGACUGGAGUUGCCGCGUCUGGUUUCGGUACUCUGUCUCGUGCUAGCGGUACCGUGCUGGACAACAUCGCUUCCGUCCGUGUGGCCCUCGCCAACGGCUCCAUCGUCGACGCCGAUGCCAAGCAGAACACCAACCUAUUCUGGGGCGUGCGUGGUGCCGCCAGCUCUCUUGGUGUGGUGCUUGACUUCAAGAUUAAGACGUACGACCCCCCCUCGCAGCGUGUGGUCAACUACACCAUCGAAUUUAACUCAAGCGUCAAGCCCACUCAGCAGGACAACGUGGAAGCGCUCAUUGGAACGCAGAAAUGGGCUUUAAGCAAGGAUAACAACGAUCUGGUCUCUAUCCGCUUUAGUCUCAAGACCAAGUCUACUCUGCAGGGUUUCUUCUACGGCCCAUCCAAGAAGGCCACGAAGGUGUUUGCCUCGCUCAUGAAAAACCUUCCCCCUUCGAUGGUUCUGACCACAAAUGAGAGCGACUUCUGGACUUCGGAGACGAUCUCGACUCCUGGUGUUGUGGCACAGACGCUCACCCCGCGUCGUUUCUUUUACAUUACCUCAGUGACGAUUCCCCGUAAGACCCCGCUAAACAACGCCACGGCCUGGGAGCUGUUCUCCAACACUGCCUUCUCUCCUAAACUUCCGGACGCCUCGGCCUCUGGCUUCGUGGACAUCUGGGGUGGCAAGUACGCGAAGGGUGUGAAGGCUGACGCUUCAGCCUGGAAGCACGAUGACAACCUGCACCUGGUUCGUUGGGACAUGCGCUCGUCUGCCUUCAACGUUUCGUUCGCGGACAGCACGAUGACGACCAUGCGUGAGGGUUUCUACAAGUUUGUGGACGCUUACAAGGCUUCGGGUGGUGUACCCGGUGGUUUCACGACGUACCGUGACGAGAAGUGGACGGUGCCGGAGAUGGCCGAGUACCUGUAUGGUGGCGGUAACUUCGCGAAGCUGCAGAAGAUCAAGACGGAGUACGACCCGAACGAGAUGUUCAACACGGACCCUCAGGCCAUCCCCGCUCUGGCGGCUUAA